CCGAUCACUCCGCACGGCUUCACAGGAAUCCCACUUGAUCCCAUUGGCGAUCUGGGCUUGCUUGAAUCUGCAGGAAGAUGUCUCGCUUCUUAGACGGCAUUUCCACCAUCAUCAGCGUCUUUCACAAAUAUGCAAAGGAAGAUGGAGACUGCUCCAACCUCAGCUACAGGAAGAUGCAAGAGUUCAUCCAGAGGGAGUUUGCAGAUGUCAUAGCUAAGCCACGUGACCCUCAAACAAUUGACAAGAUUCUGCAGUUUCUGGAGUGGGAUGGUGAUGGGCAUAUUGAUUUUAAUGAAUUCCUGCUUUUGGUGUUCAGAGUGGCUAAAGCCUGCUACUGGUUCCAGCCAAAGGGACCAUACCUUCUGCAAAGAACAAAGCUGACAUCCAGUGGCAAGUUGCACCAAGAGCCUCAAAUUAAGAACAGAGGGAGCAGGCGACAACUUCAGGAGGAGGAAGAGCAAAUCUAUGAGAGUAAUCACCAUCCCCCCCGUGAACGUGAACUGCAACGAGACACCAGAGUCAAUGAGCCUGAAACACUAGAGGAAAUAGAGAGUUACCAACAACAUAACACACAAAGCAUAAAUGAUGCAAAACGAAGCAGAGAGCGAAGGGAGCCAAUCCCUCAGGUGUAUGAAGAACGAAGCCAAGAGCCAUAUGAUGAACAGAACAGCCAGAGAAGACGUCAGCCGCCUGAGCUGAGCAGACAAGCUGAUGUACAACUCCGCAAGCAAAGAGGCUUGGAAGUACAUGAGCCCAGGCUGCGGAGAGAUGAGAGGAAAUAUCAAGAGGGACCACAGCAAGACCAACUGGCAGACAUAAGGAGUCGCAGCCAGACCUGUGAAACAAGACCACUGCAAAACCGGUGGAGUAGCCGUCAGCCACAUGAGCCAGUAGGACCAGCACAUGAUGACAGAAACCAGUGGCCACAAGCAGCAGAUAGACGAAGUGACAAUCAGCCACGUAAACCUGAAUUACUCACAGAAGAGAGAAGCCGCUACCAUCGAGGUGAGCUGGAACAAAGAGCACUUGAAGAGGGCAGCCACAAGUUACAUGAGCCUGAAUGCCUAGAUUCGAGAGCCCCACAUCAAUCAUACAUAAAGGAACCAUUAGUAAUUGACCUCAGGAACUGUAACACUUGUGAGCUGGAAAGACGUAUUGAUGCCGACAUUGCAGCAGCAGAAGCUGAGGUGAAGAUCCAACGCGUGUCCCGGGAACUGGAGCCCCAUGAGGAACUGGAAAGAAGGGAGCGUGAGCUUGAACGUCUUGAAGCAGAGGAAGAGAGGAGGGUUUACCUGGAAAGAGAGAGGGAGGAACCAUUGCAGGAGAGAAGGCUCGAGCGCCAGCGGGACCUGGAUCUGGAGGCCAUUGAGCGUUGUCACCGCCAGGUACGUGAGAGGGAAGAGCGAGGUGCCAUCAUCAACCAAAGAGAGAGACGUGAGAGACGUGACCUGGAAGCACGUGAGGCUGAAAUCAAUGCAAGGAGGCAACGUGACCUUGUGAGGCUUGAGAGGAUUCGAGAGGCCGAAAGAGCAGCUGCAGAAGCUGAUGUGAAGAUCCAACGCGUGUCCCGGGAACUGGAGCCUCGUGAGGAGCUGGAAAGAAGGGAGCGUGAGCUUGAGCGUCUUGAAGCAGAGGAAGAGAGGAGGGUUUGCCUGGAAAGAGAGAGGGAGGAGGCUCUGAGGGAGAGAAGGCUCGAGCGCCAGCGGGACCUGGAUCUGGAAGCCAUUGAGCAUCGUCGCCGCCAGAUACGUGAGAGGGAAGAGCGAGAUGCCAUCAUCAACCAAAGAGAGAGAUGCGAGAGACGUGACCUUGAAGUACGUGCAGCUGAAAUUGAUGCAAGGAGGGAACGUGACCUUGUGAGGCUUGAGAGGAUUCGAGAGGCCGAAAGAGCAGCUGCAGAAGCUGAUGUGAAGAUCCAACGCGUGUCCCGGGAACUGGAGUCCCGUGAGGAGCUGGAAAGAAGGGAGCGUGAGCUUGAACGUCUUGAAGCAGAGGAAGAGAGAAGAAUUUACCUGGAAAGAGAGAGGGAGGAGCCACUGCAGGAGACAGGGUUCAAGCACCAGCAGGACAUGGAUUUGGAGGCGACUGAGCUUUGCCGCCGCCAGACACGUGAGAGGGAAGAGCGAGAUGCCAUCAUCAACCAAAGAGAGCGACGUGAGAGACGUGACCUUGAAGUACGUGAGGCUGAAAUCAAUGCAAGGAGGCAACGUGACCUUGUGAGGCUUGAGAGGAUUCGAGAGGCCAAAAGAGCAGCAGCAGAAGCUGAUGUGAAGAUCCAACGCGUGUCCCGGGAACUGGAGCCCCGUGAGGAGCUGGAAAGAAGGGAGCGUGAGCUUGAACGUCUUGAAGCAGAGGAAGAGAGGAGGGUUUACCUGGAAAGAGAGAGGGAGGAGCCUCUGAGGGAGAGAAGGCUCGAGCGCCAGCGGGACCUGGAUCUGGGGGUCAUUGAGCGUCGUCGCCGCCAGACACGUGAGAGGGAAGAGCGAGAUGCCAUCAUCAACCAAAGAGAGAGAUGCGAGAGACGUGACCUGGAAGUACGUGCAGCUGAAAUGGAUGCAAGGAGGCAACGUGACCUUCUGAGGCUUGAGAGGAUUCGAGAGGCCGAAAGAGCAGCAGCAGAAGCUGAUGUGAAGAUCCAACGCGUGUCCCGGGAACUGGAGCCUCAUGAGGAGGUCGAAAGAAGGGAGCGUGAGCUUGAGCGUCUUGAAGCAGAGGAAGAGAGAAGAACUUACCUGGAAAGAGAGAGGGAGGAGGCUCUGAGGGAGAGAAGGCUCGAGCGCCAGCGGGACCUGGAUCUGGGGGUCAUUGAGCGUCGUCGCCACCAGAUACGUGAGAGGGAAGAGCGAGAUGCCAUCAUCAACCAAAGAGAGAGACGUGACCUUGAAGUACGUGAGGCUGAAAUUGAUGCAAGGAGGCAACGUGACCUUGUGAGGCUUGAGAGGAUUCGAGAGGCUGAAAUAGGAGCAGCAGAAGCUGAUGUGAAGAUCCAACGUGUGUCCCGGGAACUGGAGUCCCGUGAGGAGCUGGAAAGAAGGGAGCGUGAACUUGAACGUCUUGAGGCAGAGGAAGAGAGAAGAAUUUACCUGGAAAGAGAGAGGGAGGAGCCACUGCAGGAGACAGGGUUCAAGCACCAGCAGGACAUGGAUUUGGAGGCGACUGAGCUUCGCCGCCGCCAGACACGUGAGAGGGAAGAGCGAGAUGCCAUCAUCAACCAAAGAGAGCGACGUGAGAGAUGUGACCUUGAAGUACGUGAGGCUGAAAUCAAUGCAAGGAGGCAACGUGACCUUGUGAGACUUGAGAGGAUUCGAGAGGCCGAAAGAGCAGCAGCAGAAGCUGAGGUGAAGAUCCAACGCGUGUCCCGGGAACUGGAGCCACGUGAGGAGCUGGAAAGAAGGGAGCGUGAACUUGAGCGUCUUGAAGCAGAGGAAGAGAGGAGGGUUUACCUGGAAAGAGAGAGGGAGGAGGCUCUGAGGGAGAGAAGGCUCGAGCGCCAACGGGACCUGGAUCUGGAGGCCAUUGAGCAUCGUCGCCGCCAGAUACGUGAGAGGGAAGAGCGAGAUGCCAUCAUCAACCAAAGAGAGAGACGUGACCUUGAAGUACGUGAGGCUGAAAUCAAUGCAAGGAGGCAACGUGACCUUGUGAGGCUUGAGAGGAUUCGAGAGGCCGAAAGAGCAGCAGCAGAAGCUGAUGUGAAGAUCCAACGCGUGUCCCGGGAACUGGAGCCACGUGAGGAACUGGAAAGAAGGGAGCGUGAACUUGAGCGUCUUGAAGCAGAGGAAGAGAGAAGAACUUACCUGGAAAGAGAGAGGGAGGAGCCUCUGAGGGAGAGAAGGCUCGAGCGCCAGCGGGACCUGGAUCUGGGGGUCAUUGAGCGUCGUCGCGGCCAGAUACGUGAGAGGGAAGAGCGAGAUGCCAUCAUCAACCAAAGAGAGAGACGUGACCUUGAAGUACGUGCAGCUGAAAUUGAUGGAAGGAGGGAACGUGACCUUGUGAGGCUUGAGAGGAUUCGAGAGGCCGAAAGAGCAGCUGCAGAAGCUGAUGUGAAGAUCCAACGCGUGUCCCGGGAACUGGAGCCCCAUGAGGAACUGGAAAGAAGGGAGCGUGAGCUUCAACGUCUUGAAGCAGAGGAAGAAAGAAGAAUUUACCUGGAAAGAGAGAGGGAGGAACCUCUGAGGGAGAGAAGGCUCGAGCGCCAGCGGGACAUGGAUUUGGAGGCGACUGAGCUUCGCCGCCGCCAGACACGUGAGAGGGAAGAGCGAGAUGCCAUCAUCAACCAAAGAGAGAGACGUGAGAGAUGUGACCUUGAAGUACGUGAGGCUGAAAUCGAUGCAAGGAGGCAACGUGACCUUGUGAGGCUUGAGAGGAUUCGAGAGGCCGAAAGAGCAGCUGCAGAAGCUGAUGUGAAGAUCCAACGCGUGUCCCGGGAACUGGAGCCACGUGAGGAACUGGAAAGAAGGGAGCGUGAGCUUGAACGUCUUGAAGCAGAGGAAGAGAGGAGGGUUUACCUGGAAAGAGAGAGGGAGGAACCAUUGCAGGAGAGAAGGCUCGAGCGCCAGCGGGACCUGGAUCUGGAAGCCAUUGAGCAUCGUCGCCGCCAGAUACGUGAGAGGGAAGAGCGAGAUGCCAUCAUCAACCAAAGAGAGAGACGUGACCUUGAAGUACGUGAGGCUGAAAUCAAUGCAAGGAGGCAACGUGACCUUGUGAGGCUUGAGAGGAUUCGAGAGGCUGAAAGAGCAGCAGCAGAAGCUGAUGUGAAGAUCCAACGCGUGUCCCGGGAACUGGAGCCACGUGAGGAGCUAGAAAGAAGGGAGCGUGAGCUUGAGCGUCUUGAAGCAGAGGAAGAGAGGAGGGUUUACCUGGAAAGAGAGAGGGAGGAGGCUCUGAGGGAGAGAAGGCUCGAGCGCCAGCGGGACCUGGAUCUGGGGGUCAUUGAGCGUCGUCGCCGACAGACACGUGAGAGGGAAGAGCGAGAUGCCAUCAUCAACCAAAGAGAGAGACGUGAGAGAUGUGACCUUGAAGUACGUGAGGCUGAAAUCAAUGCAAGGAGGCAACGUGACCUUGUGAGGCUUGAGAGGAUUCGAGAGGCCGACAUUGCAGCAGCAGAAGCUGAUGUGAAGAUCCAACGCGUGUCCUGGGAACUGGAGCCCCAUGAGGAACUGGAAAGAAGGGAGCGUGAACUUGAGCGUCUUGAAGCAGAGGAAGAGAGGAGGUUUUACCUGGAAAGAGAGAGGGAGGAGGCUCUGAGGGAGAGAAGGCUCAAGCACCAACGGCACCUGGACCUGGAUGCUUAUGAUCAUCGCCACCGCCAGGCACAUGAAAGGGGAGGGCGAGGUGCCACGACCUCACUACAAGCACGUGAGAGGAGUCUCUACCAAACCGUUGAGCUUGAUAACAGAGACCUCUGCCUCCCAGAAGAUCAAGCAUCUGUCACUGACAUGAGGGUCAGUUAUAUCCCUGCUGAAAAUGAUGUACCACCAGAGGUGAAGGUUGCUCCUCAGCCCUGUGAUCCUCAGACCAUUUCAGAUUUGGUCCGUGUGAUCCCAAAUUUGGAUGAUUCUGAAGCUACCACCUGUGAGGUCAUCUGCCCCCAGCCCCGUGAUCUUGGACAGCCCAUCUAUGUGAAGAAAGGCUAUACAUCAUCCCAGCCACUAGUACCAUCAGAAAGGAGCAACAACCAAGAGCCACAACCCCAGAGGGAUGAGCAAGAGAUAGAGGAACGUGAGCUACUGUCUCGCUCCCAGGAAAACACAGGGGAUCUGAAUGAGCCCCGGGAGAGGUCUGAAAUAGGGGUGAAGGAAGGAGCUUACCAGGCUUCUGCCUCUGAGCUGUCUGGUGUUAAGGGUGAGCCUUGCCAAUCAAAGUCCAGUGAGGAGAGGAGGGACAGGCAGUGGCCCAAGAGGCCUAAUGCUGAAGGGAAGAAGCAUCAGCCCCAGAGAGAUGGAUCAAAAACUACCAGGGAGCAGGUCCCAUUGGAACCUGAAUCCAGCUGUCAGGUAAGGGAGCGUGAGGACAGGGAGGCCAAGGGCUGCCCACCCCUGCCCCAGGCUCUGGAGCCACAGGAAGCUUGUGAGCAGGGCAGGCAGGGCACUGAAGGGAGCCGGUCCCAUCCACCCCGGCGAGAUGAAGCCAGACGCUGUUGUGAGGAUGCAAAAGGCCGUCAGCCACGGCAGGAGAACAUCAAGAGGAGGCGUCAGGAAGCGAUGGAUGCCCAGCCUCAAUGGGAGGAGGAAGCACGUCAGCAGAGCAAGGGCUCACAGGAGGCUUCGAGCCGUCCUGCUAGGGAUGUGGCCAAGGCAUCUUAAGGGGAAGUCCAGCCUGGAGCUGGUGGGGCUUCUCCAAGUCUCUUUGAAGGUCACCUCUGCUCUCUGCUUUCAGCUGAACACGUCACAUGUGGUGGCACAAAGGUGUUUGACACAGACAGUUUAACAGGGUGCUUGACACUGAGAGGGUGUCAAGUGGUUUUUCCAUGUACCAUAUUCAGCUUGUAGGUAGGCAGGGUUGCCCCAGUACCUGCAGUUUCUGCCUUCCUGCACUAUGUCUAUCCACCUUAUUCCACAUUAUGUCCAGCUGCCAUAAUGCAGUAUUUACUCAUUUUCCUGCUCUAAUUAGAUUCCUUGGGUCCCUCUCUCCUUUAUGUCCCUGUCAUCUCUUCUAUCCUGUGGCAUGACUCUUGUGCAAGGUAAAAACCCUUAAAACUCCCAAUAUCUCAGUCAUAUUGGGGCCUGAAAAUCCUCAAGGCUGGGGAAAAUAAAACCCAAAAACUAACCCCAAAAAAAUGUA